AUGUCUUUUGUAUCAAAGGUUAAAUGUACGGAUCUUGGUGAGGAAAAGGAAAAAAUUACGAUUGAGGAUUUCUUUUCAGAAGUAAUUUUCAGAUUACUUCAAGAAAAGCCUAAAAAUCCAUUCUCUAAAAUUGAACAAUUUUGUAAUUUAGUAAAGGAAGGAAGCUUCGUUCCUGCAAAGGAAAGAUCAGCCUUUGAACGUUUAACAAAACUGUACAAACCAUGGAUGGGAGUAGAUGAUGAAAAUAUUUUGGAAAAGGAUUUCAAGAGAUCCGAACAAUACCUUGCCCUUAUAAAUCCACCAAUAAAGCCAAAGAAAAAAACAGAUGAAGAUGUAGACAACACAGAAGAAGGGGAGGAAGGAUUGGAUACACUCAAAAUGUCUGAUAUUCUCUAUGAAGGAAAAUUAUUCAGGGAUGUAGGUAUUGGAAUUGGAGAAAUGGAACUCAUCCGGUUAUUGGUUUCAAUGAAAUCAGUUGUUUCAUCAAACAAUGACAUAGAUUCCAUUCGUUUCUUUGGCAAAAUACUGGGAAUAGAGAAAAAUUAUUACAUACUAGAGACAGAACAAACUAAGAAGACUGAUGAACCAGAACAAGACAAUGAUGAAAAUGAAAAAAAGGAAAAUGGAAUUCCACCCGAAACUGAUGGAACAAACAAAUACAUUUACUAUGUAUCAAAUAAUGUUGGCGGAAAUGCUGAUACUUGGACAAGACUUCCAGAUUCAAACCCAGAGAGCAUUAACAGAAGCAGAAAAAUCAAAAAGUUUUUUACUGGAAGAUUGGACCAACAAGUUUUGUCACACCCUCCAUUCAAAGGCACAGAAAUGGAACUAUUGAGAUGUCAGAUUGCAAGAAUCUCUCACUCUUGCAUCCUAGCUCCAUUGGGAAGAAUGAAGCUUAGCGCAGAUGAAGACGAGGUAGAUCCAGAAUUGAAUCUUCCACCUAAUUUAACUAUUGCAAAUGAAACCCUUGCUGCUAUUGAACAAAAUACUGAAUUUGAAGAGCAAUUGGCAAAGCUAGAUAUUUCUAAACAUAACAGUUGGGUUAACCUUCUUCCACCGAUACUAAGAAAACAAGGAAGAUGUUCAUUCUUCUGGACUUCUGAGGAAAAAGAAAACCCAGACUUUGAUCAAUUGAAGAAAACAGUUGAAAGAAUACCUAAACCAUUAUCCUCAAUUUCAAAAGAAAAUUGGACAAUAAGAUCAUCACAUCAAAGUCUUGAUAAUGAGGUUAUUUGUCUUUCAAAUAGAUUAUGGAAUGGUGCCUUUACGGUUGGUUACAAGAGGAACUCGAAAGAUAUGGUAUUUUCCAAUGUUUACAUUGGUUACGGUUAUAAGGGUGGCGCAUUCUCUCCACAGUUCUUACUUCCAAUAUUGAACGAAUAUGAAGAAGUGAAAUUAUGCCAACAAUUAGAUCCAACAAUAGAAGACAUGAAAAAGUUUAUCCCUCCAAAGAAGGACGAACCACAAGAUAACGAUGAAGAAUAA